UCUCCCACAGUCAAAUCACCCGCUUGUACAGUCGCUUCACUAGCCUAGACAAAGGAGAAAAUGGCACUCUUAGCCGUGAAGACUUCCAGCGGAUUCCAGAGCUUGCCAUCAAUCCACUGGGAGACAGAAUUAUCAAUGCCUUCUUCCCAGAAGGAGAGGACCAGGUGAAUUUCCGUGGAUUCAUGAGGACACUAGCCCACUUCCGACCCAUAGAAGAUAAUGAAAAGAGCAAAGACCAGAAUGGACCGGAACCACUAAACAGCCGAAGUAACAAGCUCCACUUUGCUUUUCGGUUAUAUGAUCUAGAUAAAGAUGACAAGAUUUCCAGGGACGAGCUUCUUCAGGUAUUACGGAUGAUGGUUGGUGUAAACAUUUCAGAUGAGCAGCUGGGCAGUAUUGCCGACAGGACAAUCCAGGAAGCUGAUCAAGAUGGGGAUAGUGCCAUCUCCUUUGCAGAGUUUGUAAAGGUUUUGGAGAAGGUGGAUGUAGAGCAGAAAAUGAGCAUACGAUUUCUUCACUGAUGGAUGGAGAACCUAUUCCUUUCUACCCCUACUAUAUAAUGAAUAGAACCUCAUUCUCUCCUUAGCACCUUCCCCAGAGCAUUGCUACUGGUGUGUACACAAUGCAUCUCCAACCCCUCUCUGAUUUAUUCUACCAAUGUGAACAUUCCCUGUGCAUCAGGAACAAAGGGAAAUGGCUGCCAUGCAACUUGGAAAGGAGCAUUUUUAAAAAAAAAUCUUCCAAUUUUUUUUACCCUUUCUCCCUUGUCUCCUUCUGCACUACUGUUUCAGCAAAAAUAUCUCUCCUUAUGUACUGCUGUUUAAUCUACAAACUGAUUCUUCUGAGCUCUGAAUCUGAGAAUGGAAAAAUGGGAACAUGACACAUAAGUGCCCUCUGAAACACUUUGGAGACAAGCUCAAAUAUCUACUCAAAUACUAGGUGCAGUGAUAAUGAUUCAGUCUUGCUUCCAGCAGCAACACCACAUUACAGCUGCCUUUUUUUUUACCCAUUUGGCUCUUUACAUGCAGAUUUGUUUCUUCCCUGCUUCCA